GGAUGGUGGUGCAUGAGAAGACUGCAGCUAGGCAAUGAUGUCCAAUACAGAUGUGCAAUUACCUAUCAUUGAGGCCUCUGUACUAAGUAUUUCACUGCAGGACACUGGGCAUCAACUCCAUGGCUAACAACAAGGGACGGAGUAUGGGAAUGGUGACUGUACAUUACUUGCUCCCCAGACAAGUGGCAGAAGUUAAGCUACGAUUUAUGUCAUAAGUGAAUGCUGACUGAAUCAGAAGCAACCCCUGCUCCUGCAGAUCCCGUUGGUGGAGACUUGCGAACAGACUGCUGGAUUGGAAUUCAGCGUGGGAAAGGAUACUGGGACGUAGCUAGCAUUGGGAGGUGUCUGGUGACAGGCUAAGACUGUUUGUGAUUAGAGAUCUGCUGCUUCAUCCAUCCAGUACUUGUGGCUUCUCAGAGUACGUGUCUUACGGAUCAAGCUCCUUAACUCAUUGUCAACACUGGCUAUGCUGCAUUACCUAGAGGAAGAAAAGGAAAAAUAGCAGCUCAUCCGGAACAAUAGAUCCUUUCUGUAGCUGAAAGUUAUUGCUGUCGAUGAGCAGCUUAGAGUCACUUAUGAGGAAAAUGUUCAUUUUGAUAACGACCUUCCAGAAUUCAGGACUCAAGGUGGAGUCUAUGUUCACAGUGACAGACUGACAGUGACUUCUCCAGUGUUAAUGUGGAUCAAGGCUCUGGAUGUGAUCUUGGAAAAGAUGAAGUCUUCUGGCUUUAACUUCUCUCAAGUGAAAGCUUUGUCCGGGGCUGGACAGCAACAUGGGAGUGUUUAUUGGAAAGAAGGAGCCCAUCAUAUUUUAAAGAAUUUAUCACCUGAUCUUCCUUUACAUCAGUCACUGAAGGCUUGUUUCUCUGUCAGUGACAGUCCAAUCUGGAUGGAUUCUAGUACAGCUUCCCAGUGCUUCUCACUGGAGAAAGCUGUUGGAGGAGCACAGCAACUAGCUAACAUCACUGGCUCACGAGCUUAUGAGCGUUUUACAGGAAACCAGAUAGCAAAGAUUUACAGCCAGAAUCCUGAGGUCUACAUACAAACUGAGAAAAUCGCUUUGGUUAGCAGCUUUGCGGCCUCCCUCUUUCUAGGUGAUUAUGCACCCAUUGAUUAUAGUGAUGGUUCUGGGAUGAAUUUACUGCAAAUUUGUGAUAAAAGAUGGUCCGUGACCUGCCUCAAUGCUUGUGCACCUGGGCUGGAAGAGAAACUGGGACACACUGUACCAUCCAGCUCAGUAUUGGGCUCCAUUGCUCCGUAUUAUAUUCAGCGCUAUGGGUUUAGUCCGGACUGCAAAGUAGUAGCAUUUACUGGGGACAAUCCAGCGUCACUGGCAGGAAUGAGGCUUGAAGAAGGGGACAUUGCAAUUAGCCUUGGUACAAGUGACACACUGUUUCUGUGGAUUCAAGAACCAAUGCCUGCAACAGAAGGUCACAUUCUCUGUAAUCCUGUUGACUCUCGAGCCUAUAUGGCACUUUUAUGUUUUAAGAAUGGCUCUCUGAUGAGAGAGAGGAUCAGAGAUGACUGCGCUUCAGGCUCCUGGGAUGAAUUCUCCAAAGCUCUAACAUCUACAGUUACUGGAAACAAUGGAAAUUUGGGUUUCUAUUUUGAUGUGAUGGAGAUUACACCUGAAGCUGUUGGGAUCCACAGAUUCAACAAAGACAACAACAAGGUUCCAGACUUUCCAAAGGAAGUAGAGAUACGAGCACUGAUUGAAGGGCAGUUCAUGGCUAAGAGGAUUCAUGCUGAAAAGCUGGGAUAUAAAAUAAUGCCGAAGACAAGAAUUUUAGCUACUGGGGGAGCAUCUCAUAAUAAAGACAUUUUACAGGUCCUGUCUGAUGUGUUCAAUACCCCAGUGUACACUAUCGAUACCGCUAACUCUGCCUGUCUUGGCUGUGCUUACAGAGCAAUUCAUGGGCUGGUGGCAGAGACAAGCGUGUCCUUGGCUGAUGUUGUGAAAUUAGCACCAGCGCCUAGAUUAGUUGUUACACCAGCUGCUGGGGCUGAUGAGGUCUAUCUUCCUCUUCUGAAAAGAUACGCAGAACUUGAACAAAAGGUGCUCUACAAUCCAACCUCAUCUAGUUAAACAACAAAGAAAAAUCUACUGCUCGCCUGUGGAGUUGCCUGCCAAGAAGAUUGUAAAAAAGCUUAUCAGAAUUGACUGAAUUUGUUUAAGCCAGUCUUCUGUGCUACAUACCUGAAACAUAGUCUAAUUAAUACAAAUCAAAAUGGUUAUUUUUAAUGUUGGCAAUGGAAAGAUUGUGAAAGAUUUACAUCGUACUUGAAUCCAUUCAGGUGGUUGUGUGCGUUGUCCGGUUCCUUUCAGAACCGCGCUGAGCAUGUUGUUCUAUCUGGAUAAUUCUGCCAGUCUGUCUGUCCAUCUCUCUCUGUUGGCAUGUCUGCCUACUUUGUGUGUCCGUGUCUCACCUUCUCUGGGCCUGCCUAUUUGUAUAUCUGUUUUUCUACUGUAUCUUUUUCUUUCAACCUAUCAAUGUUAUCUGUACAUUUUCUCUCUCUCUCUGUCAUAACUGUCUUUCUGUAUAUCUGUCUGUUAUAUUUGUACCAGUGUUCACUUAACAUAAAGUCCACAGAAAAUAACAGCUGUUGGAUUUUCUUGGCCUUUUUUUUUUAAAUAGGAGCUUUAUGCGUUAUACAGGUGGAUACAUAUUUAUGAAAAUCCUGUGUGGGAUCCCCAAAGGAACAAUUUCCUUAUUAGGUGGUGGCAUGGCGAGUCCACUUGGAUCAAGAUGGAACAUCGCACGCAAACUUUUGGGGUUGCAUGUAUAUAAUGUGGAAACUUCAAAAGGUGGGGGAGGGAUGAGGGAAGGGGAGUAGGAAGGAAGAAGUUUAAAUAAAGCGAAACCUUAUGAACAAUGUUUCUCCCUCCUCCUCGCUUUUGGGGAAAGCAGAGAGGGAUAGUUUUUGCUGCUCACUGGCUUUAGAGAAUGUUGCUUACCUGCUGCCUCUAUCUUGGAUAUCCUGGCUGGAGAGCUAUGCUCGCUAUUCUGUGCGUUUGAGUAUGAGUAAAGGGUCGCACUUGGAGCAUCCCAUCAGACCAUGAAGAUGGCCCCUACAUUCAACAAGCCUUUCCCCUUUUUUUGAUGACAGCAAGCAAAAUCAGUGAGUUGCCUUGCUCUGACUUUACUUUUGUGCUAGUGAAAUACGAAAUCCAAGAAACCUUGCUGAGAUGGUCUUCUUCUAAAACAACAGAUGUUUCUGCAAGAGAUGGGCAUAAGCCAGAGCUUUGGAUUUUGAAUAUCUGUUACCUUUGCAGAGCAAGAAUUUUAUAUUUGUAUAUGAUUGUACAGUUCCUACUGCAGCAAUGAGGCUUUUGCACACUACAGUGAUAUGUAAAUCAUACACACCAAAAAGCCACAUUAAAGAACUGUUUGGGUUGCAGAGGCGAUGCUCCCAAGUUGGGAAAUGUUAAAAAUAAAGUUGCUUGUACAGCUUUAA